GCCAGCAGCCCUAUAAAAAUUGCUUUUUGUGGGGCUGUCAGCUCAGUCAGCGGCUCAUUCAUCACUUUCCGACGCGCUCCAGUAGAACUAGUAGCCUAGAUUUUAUCAAAACCAACAGUAUUACCCUCGCCCCGAACUUCACCCGUCGGCAAGAGAACUCUUUGGCAUUCCACAAACAACAAAAGACGAUAAGCAACAAGUGUUCCGGAGGCGGAGAUUCGAUUCCCUUGAAACAGACACAACUCAAAACUCCAUUGAAAGCUAUUCCCAGUUGUUUUGUUUACCCUGCAAUCACAGCCCAAGAACGUGGCACAUUUCCAACUGCGCGAGCAAACAAUUAAGAAAAACUUGUUCUCCCCGCACACGCGAAUAAAUCUUGGGAACCGAAUUCCAUACCAGCCGGUGACGAGCACGGAGGAGCAAGAGGAGGAGCACUAUGAUUCCCGGCUAUGGACCCGUGACGCAGGCCCUGCUGGGCACCCUGCUCACCUGGGGACUCACGGCCGCCGGCGCCGCUUUGGUGAUCUUCGUGCGGGGCAACCAGCGGAGGUCCCUGGACGCCGCCCUGGGCUUCGCUGCCGGCGUGAUGAUAGCCGCCUCCUUCUGGUCGCUCCUCAAGCCGGCCAUUGAAAUGGCCGAGAGUUCCCACCUGUACGGAGUGUAUGCCUUUCUGCCCGUCGCCGGGGGCUUCCUGCUGGGCUCCAUCUUCGUCUACGGCUGCGACAAACUGAUGUCGUACCUGGGCCUGAACAGCACCAACAUGAUGAUCCAGAUGACCCAGUCCAAGGACAAGGCGGACAUAGCCAUCGAGGAUGCAAAGCGCAAGUCCAAGAGCCUGGACAGCUUCUCGGACUGCCUGAGCGUGCAGCACAGCGGGGAGUCGAGGCGGCGCAAGAAGCAAGGCAGCAUCAACGAGAUGGAGCAGUGCACCUACACGACGCCCGAGGAGCAGCAGCGCGCCGAGGAGGCUCUGUCGCAGUGGAAGAGGAUUAUGCUGCUGGUGGUGGCCAUCACGGUGCACAAUAUUCCCGAGGGACUGGCCGUGGGCGUGAGCUUCGGCGCCAUUGGCUCCACGAACUCGUCGACCUUCGAGAGUGCCCGCAAUCUGGCCAUUGGCAUUGGCAUUCAGAACUUUCCCGAGGGAUUGGCCGUCAGCCUGCCGCUGCAUGCCGCCGGUUUCAGCGUGAAGCGGGCUCUGUGGUAUGGGCAACUGUCCGGCAUGGUGGAGCCCAUCUUUGGCGUGCUGGGCGCCGUGGCGGUGACCUUUGCCAACCUGAUCCUGCCCUACGCCCUCUCCUUUGCGGCCGGAGCCAUGAUCUACAUUGUAUCGGAUGAUAUUCUGCCCGAGGCCCAUGCCAGCGGCAAUGGAACGAUCGCCACGUGGGGCACAGUCUCUGGAUUCCUGAUAAUGAUGUGCCUGGAGGUGGCCCUGUCGUGAGCAGCCACUGAAGAUCUGCCUAGUGCAAGACUCAAAGAUUCCAUUGUACUUAACGCGACCUUGCUGCUGGCUUGUAAAUAGAAGCGGGCUUUGUACAAAUCUCAGAAGCAGCCCCAAACGAGAAUCUAAUAAUCUAACGUAGAGUGUAAGUUUUGUAGAAGAGAAGAAACCUGACAACUGGCGAUGCCGCCGUGUAUCUGUACUGCAUUCCCAGCGAGUUAUGUAAAUGAACCCCGUUCGCGGAAAGAUUGUAAACAAACGUGCAUGUGAACUAGGCUUUAAGUUGUCACCGGCGUCCAGUGGCUUGUGUCUUUUUAAACUGUCUAAUGUUUAAGCAAUAAAACGAAGCGCAUUCAAAUCAGCA